AUGGACUCGACUCUACUCCUUUGUCUUACUUUGUUGCAGCUUUUCUAUGCUCAUGAAACCGUGUUGCUUGUUCCGCUAACAUCAACGACCACUAUAUCGUCAGAGUUGAUCGAGAAUUGUACUUCUACAUGUCUGGAGAGCCAGCCAGAGUUUUGCGUCGGGUUUUUUAUUGAAAAUGACAUCUGCGAGCUAAUCACGAAUCGCAGCGAUACUACCCUGAAUUUCUAUAUUUAUGAUCGAAACGAUGACUCGAAAUUAUCAUGUCCUGGUGAAAGCAUUGCAGAGGAAAUUGCAACGGAUGGAACCUGGAGUGAGUGGGGUGCCUAUUCGGACUGCUCGAUGACAUGCGGAAUGUACGGGACCCAGAUGCGGAAUCGGUGUUGCCCACCUGAGCCGGAAACUCGGGGCUAUUAUUGCGUGGGAGAUGCCGUUGACGUGGUCGCCUGCCCGACAGCACUUUGUAUGGGACCGACACAACUACCGUGCUAUUCGCCCUACUAUCAAAAGGGAAUCCUGGCCGGCACGCGGGGGUUCAGCUGCAUAGCUUCACCAAAUACUACGGAUCCAAGGCUUGAGGAU